AUGGCACCAGAUCUCAAUGGUGUAGCCAACGGCGCGCGGUGGGACUACUCAACCCCGGGAUCAAGUGGAUACAACGUUCCGGACAUUGUCUACAAUGACCCCUCAACGCGCAAGUUAAGAGUCUUGACCGUUGGUGCUGGACUGGCCGGCAUACAAUUGGCGUACCAUUUGCAGAAGUCGACGCAAAAUGUAGAACACGUAAUUUACGAGAAGAAUGCAGGCAUUGGAGGCACAUGGCUCGAGAACAGAUAUCCAGGAUGCGCAUGCGACAUCCCCUCACACGCCUACACCCUCAACUUUGCACUGAACACGGACUGGCCCCGCUUCUUCUCCUACGCUCCCGAUAUCCUCAAGUACCUCGAGAAAGUCUGUGAUGUAUUCGGUCUACGCAAGUAUAUGACGUUCAAUACCGAAGUGGUGCGAGCAGAGUGGCAGGACGAAGCUGGAAAGUGGAAAGUCAGAUUGCGACAGAAGAGCCCUUCGGGCGAGGAGCGAGAAUUCGAAGACGAAUGCGAUCUCCUGCUGUACGCCUCGGGAAUUCUGAAUAACUAUAAGUGGCCGGGUAUCAAGGGCUCUGGUGCUUUGUCAGUCCAGACUGUACCCACCAUGCAACCGCACGUCAAGCACAUGGAUGUUUUCGUCCGCACAGGCGUGUGGUUCGUCCAGAUUGCGAACAACUUCGGUCAGAAUAAGGAGUACUCAGAGGAAGAACGCGAAGAGUUUCGCCGGGACCCACGUAAACUGGUGGCGCAUGCUAAGGAUAUUGAAGACCAAAUCAAUGGGCUUUGGGGCACUUUUUAUACGGGCCACGAGCUGCAGAAGCAGGUGCAGGAUAUGCUCCGGGAACGAAUGAAGGAGCAUAUCAAAGACGAGCGGUUGUUGAAGGGUUUUACGCCAAAAUUCGAGGUGGGAUGCCGCAGAAUCACGCCAGGCGACCCAUACAUGAAAGCCAUCCAAGAACCCAACGUCGACGUACACUUCACAGCCGUCGACGAGAUAACCGAAAAGGGUGUCAUUGGGGCUGACGGCAUCAAGCGAGAAGUCGACACGAUAGUCUGCGCAACAGGCUUUGAUGUGACCUACCGCCCGCGCUUCCCCAUCAUCGGCAAAAACGGCGUGGACCUGGCCGAAAAAUGGAAAGACGAACCAAAAGGCUACCUCGGCCUCGCAUGUCCAGACAUGCCCAAUUGGCUCAUGUAUAUCGGACCCACGUGGCCUGUAGAGAAUGGAUCAGUGACUGGUCCGUUACUCGCCGUCACAGAGUACACAGUGAAAAUCAUCAAGAAGAUGCAGCGCGAACAUAUCAAGUCAUGGGUGCCUCGUCAAGACAUCAGCGACCAGUUCAACGACCACGCGCAGGAAUGGAUCAAGCAUACAGUCUGGAAAGGCGAGUGUCGCUCUUGGUACAAGAACAACGACACUGGCCGCGUCAACGCCGUGUGGCCCGGUUCAUCGAAUCACUACAUCGAAGUCAUCGAGACGCCGCGGUAUGAAGACUUUGACAUUGAGUAUCUGCAUAAGAAUCCCUGGGCGCAUUUGGGAAUGGGGUAUGCGAUGUGCAAUGCCCGGUUUCCCAACAGCGAUGUUAGUCCGUAUUUGCAGCUGGAGAAUAUUGAUCCGGAGUGGGCCAAGGCGAUUGGAUAUCAGGGGGCGGCAAAGGAAGUCGACGAGGUGAGGCAGGAGAAGCAGGAGCCUGUCGUGGAGAAAUAA